UUUCACCCAAACACAAUUCUCUGUCUGUCUCUCUCUCUGCCGUCUCCGGUCCCACCAAACUCCUUCUUCUUAUUUCUGGAGAAGAAGAAGAACAGAGUGGUGCCCUCUCUCUGUUCAGGGUUCAUCUUCUUCUUCUUCUUCUUGGAAUCUCUCAGUAUUAAAAGCCCAUCGAAACCCUCGCUCUCAUCUCCUUAAUCUGCUCCUUCCUCCCUCCCUCGCUGUCCAUUAUUUUAUUCUUUAUCUUCUGUCUAAAAUUCAAAAAAACCAUUUCAAAUUUCAAUCAAACAAACUUAUUUGGAUCUACACUUUCUUCCUCUCCUCUGCCCAUUCCAUUUCAGGUUGGUUGUGUGAUUGAAUAGAAGAAGAAUAUUAAACCACCGACAAAUUUGAGAUUAUCCAUUUUUAAUUGCAAAAGGAGAGAAGAAGAAGAAUCAUUGGUUUUAUGGUUAAAUCUCAUAAGAGUUGUUAUAGUAAUGUGAUUAGAAUUUGAGGGGAAGAAGAAGAAGAAGAUUUGGAAUUAUGGGUUGAUUUUCAAUUUUUUAAAUUGAUUGAUUUUGGUUUCAAAUUUUUCUUUUUUUUUUGGUCUUUGGAUUAAAAUUUAUUUUCAGUGUUUGAAGACGAAUUUUGUAAUGGAUCUAAAAGAACAAAAUGAUCUAUUGAUUGAUCUUGAAAGUGGUGGUAGUGAAGAAGAAGCAGUAAUACUAAUAGUUAAUAAUAAAGAACAACAGCAAGAACCCAUUGCAUCGAAAGCAAGGAAUUUGUUAGAUAAGGCGUGGAAUGGUAUUAUAACUUCUUCAAUUGAUGUUAUCACUGGUGGUGGUGGUGAAGAUGGAAAGAAUGCUGUAGCAAAUGGUGAUUUGGAGAAUGGUGGAGAGGUAGUAGAAAAGAGGUGUUUAUUACAAGGAGGAGGAGGAGGAGAAGAUACAUUGAGUCCGUUACUGGUGGUAAAGAAAAAAGAGAAGAAAUCGAAGACCAAAGUAUCUGCUCCAAAACCACCCAGACCACCUAGAGGACCAUCACUGGAUGCUGCUGAUCAGAAAUUGAUUAGAGAAAUCUCUGAGCUAGCCAUGUUGAAGCGGGCAAGAAUUGAACGUAUGAGAGCACAUAAGAAGAUGAAAGCCUCAAAAGCUGCAUCCUCUAAUAGUAACAUGUAUGCCAUGAUCAUCACUGUUAUGUUCUGCCUCGUCAUAAUUGUCCAAGGAUUGUCAUCCAGAGGCAGUUCACAGUUAAGCUUCCAAGGAUCUCCUCAGUCAGCAGUAACAAUGAGAGGAGGAAAAUUAAUUUCGGUUCAGUAUUUCAAGAACAAAUCUGCACCAGGGACAGAUGGACCUGGCUCUGCAUCUCCGAGCCUGGUAGAACAGGUAUCUGGACCAGGUGCUGAUGAGGAAGGUAAAACUAGAGUUGCAGGAUGAUAAAUGAAUGUAAUCAUGGAACUCUGAUACGAACUGCACUGUCAUCAUCACAGAGAAUGGCUAGCUUUUGUUCUUAAAAAGAGAUAUACAUAGAGUGAGAGGGAAAGAGACAGAGAUCCUGUAACAGCUCGUUUUAGAGAUCUCCAUUAGUGUAUAUAUGGAAAUACCGCGAGACGGGCUCAUAAUAAUGCCCCCAUUUGAGGUUUAAUAUCCGAGACAGCGGAGAGUGUUUGUACAACUUUCUAAUUGAGAAAUAAAAUAAAUUUGGGGGUUAACAGUAA